GCCCCGGCCUCCGCGCGCCAUUCCUGCCGCUGCGCGUCCCGCCAGCCGCGCGCUUCGGCCAUGGCGGGCCUGGGGCUGCGACCGGCCAAGGGCUACCGAGUGGUGCUGCUGGGCAGCGUGGCGGUGGGCAAGACGGCGCUCGCCACGCAGUUCGCCUGCGGCAGCUUCCCGGAGCAGUGCGAGCCGUCGGUGGAGGAGCUCUUCAGCAAGGUGAUCGAGGUGAACGCGGCGCCCGCCCUGCUGGAGAUCGUGGACACGGUGGGCGCCGAGCACCUGGUCACCCUCAAGGACCUGUACAUCAAGAACAGCGACGGCUUCGUGGUGCUCUACAGCGUGUGCAGCGAGGCCUCGUUCGAGGCGGUGCGGCCGCUGCGCGAGCGCAUGGGCCGGCUGCGGGGGCCCAAGGCCGUGCCUCUGGUGCUCGUGGGCACCAAGGCCGACCUGGACGCCCAGCGCCAGGUGCUGACGGCGCAGGGCCGCGCGCUGGCCCGCGAGUGGCGGUGCCCGUUCCUGGAGGUCACGGCCAAGAGCAAACUGAUGGUGGACCAGGUGUUCACGCAGGUGGUGCGCGAGAUGGAGGCCCUGGCCCCGCCCGAGGAAGAGGUCCCGGCCGUCCCCACCAACGCGCAGGAGACGUGGCCGUCGGAAAGAUUCAUCGGCUGACGCGCGGCGGUGCCUCUUGCCUGUACUCAUCGCUUUUCCUGAUUUCUGAAGCUCCCUUUGCUCCUCUGCCUUUUUAAAGAAAGUUAUUCAGCUGUAAACAAGUGGUUACUUCUAUAUAUUGACUCAAAUCCGUGCCUCAGACUGUCCACAGAGCUUCUUAAAUAUUUGUCGAGAACUUUGCAACUGUAUUUACUUCUGACAGUGCUGGGAGGAGAAACCAAAAAUCAAUUUUUUACCUCCUGUAUGAAGAAAGGCUACCCUUUUCUUCAGUGGAAUUUGUUACAGGAUUUUUGUUUUGGUGAUAAUUAACACCUUCCAGUGUCAUCUGACGUUUGAUAUUGAUUGAGGAACAUGAACUGAAGUUUCAGCUUUCCAUUCCAUGAGGCUCUGAUGUGUUUCCCUCUCAUUUACAGCCUUGAAUUGCAGUAGUAUUUUCCUCUCUGCAUACUUCUAAAUAUAGUUAUGACAUACAUAGCCAUGGUUUGAAAGGGAUACUGUAUACUCUGGGAGGGGGAAAAUCAACUGUGUACUCGGGCAGAGAUAGCUCAGCUCUGCCUUCAGUUUUCUAAUUGACACUUAGUUGAUUUCUACAUCUGUCGAUCUGUGAAUAUAUAUGUGUCGAUAAAGUGAAAAUAAAAUGACUUUAGAAGUCGA